AUGGGCCUUCACAUCCCAGAACGCAUAUCAGAGUACAUACAAAGGAGAAGCCAUGCAGCUGUGAUAUUUGAAACACAAUUAUAUCAUGAGCCAUAUAAGAGUAGAGACGUUGGAGUAACCCUACUCCUGGUGACGAUGAGUUUCCUCGCCGACUGGAUGCCUUUGGCCCCACUCAUGGACGAGGAAAUAUAUGACUCAGGAGUCAGUAUCAAAGAAGAGCUCAACGAUAUUUCCGAGGAUUCUCUUCUUGAAAUUAAGGAAGAACAAUUUGAUUAUGGAGAUGAAGAGAGAAAUGAAGUGAGCGACAAGAAAGUGGAACAUGAAUGUCUUUUUUUUCAUAAUCUUGAUGAACUAAGACAUGAGGCAUAUACAAAAGAUACGUGUGGCUCUUUUCAGGAUGGUAACUGCAUGUUAUUAAGAGCGUCAUUUGUGUCUGAGAAUUUUCUGAACAGGGGUUCUUCAGAUAGAGAUCAAGCAAUACAGGAAAGACUUCAGCAGGAUAUGCAACCAAAAGUGGAAGCCAAACUGAAACGUUUUGAAUGUGAGGUAUGUGGUAAGAAAUUCUCUCGUAAGAGGUAUAUCAACAUUCAUAUGAGAGUUCACACAAAGGAGAAACCAUACAGCUGUGAAAUAUGUAACAAGACUUUCUCUCAGACAGGCAAUCUAGUAAAGCACAUGAGAGUACAUAGAAAGGAAAAGCCAUUCAACCGGAAUUAUGCAGAAAGGGCCCUUCACUAA